UUCAGGGAAAUACUAAAAUUUCUUGAUAAAAAGAAGGAAAUGGCAAAUUCAAUGGGAGUUGCUUCAACAAUAUCGUGUAGCUUUCUACACACCUCUCUUAUUUCAAGAUUAUAUUGUUUGAUUGAAAUGAUGCAGUCUCACAAUGAGUGGAUUAAAGUGGAUUGACGGGGUUAACCAAAAAGGGUUGAUAAAUCAUGGAGUGGGAGAAUCAUUGCUGGAAAAUGUGAAGAAAGGUGCUGAAGAAUUCUUCAAUCUCCCAAUGGAAGAAAAGAAGAAGUUUAAGCAAAGAGAUGGAAAUGUUGAGGGAUACGGUCAGGCUUUUGUAGUCUCUAAGGAACAGAAACUAGAUUGGCCAGAUAUGUUUUUUCUGUUCACUUGGCCAUCCCAUAAAAGGAAACCUCACUUGUUUCCCAAUAUCCCCUUACCCUUCAGAGAUGAUUUAGAGGCAUAUUCUGGAGAAUUGAAAAAUCUUGCUAUCCAAAUACUUGACCUAAUGGCCAAAGCUCUAGCAGUGGACACCAUGGAAAUUAGAGAGCUUUUUGGUGAAGGGGUUCAAUCAAUGAGGAUAAAUUACUAUCCACCAUGUCCACAACCAGAACUUGUGAUGGGAAUCAAUCCCCACUCUGAUGGAUCUGGCCUCACUAUCCUUCUACAAGCUAAUGAAGUGGAAGGUCUUCAAAUUAAAAAAGAUGAAUUGUGGAUUCCUGUUAAACCUCUCCCUAAUGCUUUCAUCAUUAAUGUUGGAGACAUGUUGGAGAUUACGACAAAUGGAAUUUAUCAAAGUGUUCAACACCGAGCAACUGUAAAUUCAAAGAAGGAGAGGCUUUCUAUUGCAACAUUUUACUUCCCUAAUAUGGAGGGAAAUUUAGGUCCAGCACCAAGUCUUGUUAAUCCAAAUAAUCCUACGGUGUUCGAAAGAAUUAGUGUCUUAGAAUAUCGCAAAGGAUAUCUUUCACGUGAACUCAACGGGAAAUCAUACCUAGAUAGCUUGAGGAUCAAGAAAGAAAACGGGAAAAGUUCUUAGACCUUUAACUUGAAACUCCAUUUUAAUUUGUGAAAACUUAACUGUGUUUAAGAGUGGUUUGUCUCAAGUGGACAACACUAGUUCAUCUUAAUCAAAUGUAUAUUAUCUUGAUUGAAUGUUCAUCUCUCUCAAAAAAAACUCUCCCUCUCCCUCACACAGAAACACACGUGCAAAUCAAUUUAAUGUAGUGUCGUACGUUAGCAACACACUUUUAUUGAUAUAAA